GCAGAGUGCACUCCCAGGCUUGUGCAAUGCUGGGGUCAGGCCCUGCACCUCAUGGGAGCAACACAGCACCUGGGGUAGAUCUGGGGCUGCAGUGUCCCUCCUUCUCUCUCUGUCUCUCUCUGAAUCAGAAGCAACUGGGAGCACUGAAGUUGCACAUGAGGAAGGUCAUGGUUCAUCAAAAGAAGUUAUUUAAUCAAGGGACAGAAAAGUGUAUUGGGUGUUGGGCGAUAGCACAGUGGGUUAAGCACAGGUGGCUCAAAGGGAAGCAUCGGCAUGAGGAUCCCAGUUGGAGCCCCCGGCUCCCCACCUGCAGGGGAGUCACUUCACAGGUGGUGAAGCAGGUCUGCAGGUGUCUGUCUUCCUCUCCCCCUCUCUGCCUUCCCCUCCUCGCUCCAUUUCUCUCUGUCCUAUCCAACAACAACGACAUCAACAACAACAACAAUAUUAUUGUUAUACGGAAAACUAGGAAAUGUUACGCAAGUGCAAACUAUUGUAUUUACUGUCAAAUGUAAAACAUUAAUUCCCCAAUGAAGAAAUUUUUUAAAAAUCCAAAAAAAAAACACAAAACAACUACAACAAUAAUAACUACAACAAUAAAACAAGGGAAAAAUGGGAGAAAGAAAGAAAGAAAAGAAAGAAAGAAAGACAGACAGACAGACAGAAAGAAAGAAAGAAAGAAAAAAAGAAAGAAAGAAAGAAAAGAUUAUUGAGAAGCUAGCAAUUUGCUGUAGAAUUGUUCAGCUCUGGAAGACAAAGAGAGCCAAGGAUGUUGAGGUGAAGAAGUUGAAUUCUGGCGCACAGCAGAGCAGAUGGUGAAUUUUCUCAUGAUCCCUAAUCAACCUCACAGCUACAGGUCUGAGCCCUGAGGGUCAGGAUGAAGCUGUGGCCCCAUAGGGCUGAUGGGAGCUGCCCAGACCCUGCAGUGGAUGGUGCUGAGGAAAGACCUCAGAGCCUUGCCAGGUCCAGGGCUCAGCCACCCUCAGGGUGUGGGACAGGCUCAGGGCUGGAGGGCAGAGCUGGACUGGAGGCUGGAGGUGGAGUCUGUGCUGCUGCUGCUGCUCCUGGGAGGGUCUCUGGGCAUCUCCCCAGGGAGUGUGAGCCCUGUGAAGAGAACAGAGCUCUGCUCUGAGGUUCCUCUUCUGUGUCUGUGAGGCCUCCUGCUCCUCCCCAGCUUCCUGUGGUCUCCCUGCAGUGCCCUCCACUCCUCUCCCUCUCUGUCCACACACAGGAGGCAGGAAGCCCCAGCUCAGACAUGCUGCUGCUGCUGCUGCCCCUGAUGUGCACAGGCUCCCUGGCUCAGGAUUCUUAUUGGCUGGAAGUAGAGGAGCAGGUGACAGUGCAGGAGGGCCUGUGUGUGUAUGUGCCCUGCAGAUUCGCCCACCCCUGGACACACUCUUAUUACUAUCCCUCUCUUCACGGCUACUGGUUCAGGGAAGGAGCUAAUAUAGACACAGAUGCUCCAGUGGCCACAAACAACCCAAAGCGUGAAGUGCUGAAUGAGACCCAGGGCCGCUUUCUCUUCCUCGGGUACCCCAAGAACUUCAACUGUUCCCUGUUCAUCAGAGACGCCAGGAAGGAGGACCAGGGGAAAUACUUUUACAGGGUGGAGAUAGAAAAUUCAAUGCACAAUUACAAGAGUAAGCUGCUCCAGCUGCGUGUGACAGCCCUGACCCACACCCCUCACAUCCUCGUCCCAGAGAUGCUCCAGUCUGGCUGCUCCAGGAACCUGACCUGCUCUGUGCCCUGGGCCUGUGAGAGCGGGACACCCCCCAGCUUUUCCUGGAUUGGGGAUGCUGUCACCUCCCAGGUCUCCAGCAGCCUCUUAUCCUCAGUGCUCACCCUCAAGCCACAGCCUCAGGACCAUGGCUCCAACCUCACCUGCCGAGUGACCUUCCCUGCGGCUAAUGUGACUGUGGAGAGAACUGUGCAGCUGAAUGUGGCCUGGCAGCCUGGCUACAGAGAAGGAAUCAUGCAGGGGGCCCUGUGGGGAGCAGGUGUCACUACACUGCUUGCUGUCCUCCUCAUCCUCCUCUUUUUCCUAGUGAAAAACUGCAGGAAAGGAGCGGCCAGAGCAGCAGUGGGCACGGAUGACAGCCACCCAGACAGAGGGACAGCUUCCCAGGCUGACCUGCAGGAGUCCACAGCAGACGCCCCUGCUGGCCCCCCAAACUCUGCAGGGGCUGGCCCCUCCCUGGGGCAGGAGCAGGAGGUACACUAUGCCACCCUCUCAUUUCACAUGAAGAAUCCUCAGGAGGGUGCCCCCAGGGCCCAGUGAGCAGCCCACAGGGCCACCAGCCCCAGCCUGAGCCUCCACAGCCUCCCUGGAGAUGCAGAUGCCAACCUGUGAGCUUAUUUGUGAGGGACAAAUGCUCAGGGACGGACACAGGGAGAGAUGGCUGCCUUCCCCCUUUCCUGAGGUUGCCAAGCUGGUGUCUGUGAGCAGGACAGGAAUGUUCCCAGGACAGGACAGCAGCUGGGAAUCUUCCUCCAGGAGCAAACUGGGAGCACCUCAUGGCCACACAUCCUGCAGGGGACACUUCAGAUAGAGAAACCUGUGUGGUGCUGAAGAGCCAGGCUUCCUGGAUCCAGUGUCAACCAUCCUCAGAGAGUCCCUGACACCUCCUACCCCCCCUCACAAUACCCAGGUGUCCAUAGAAGCCAUUAGUCAUGGCAGGCUGGCCCUAAAGUGUCAGAAGAUUGUGACAAGAAAGCCCAGUGCCUGUCUGUCUCUCCAGUUGCCUCAGGUUUGUCUCUUCUUUUGAAGCUUUUCCUAAUAAAUGCCUCCUGUUCGCCUGA